AAAAUUCGGGGGCAUAUUAGAUAUUAAUCGUAACUUUUAUCUUCUUCCCCAAACUGAGCUCACAAAAUCGGAUUUUUGGCGCUCGAAAUCGGCGAUCUACAAUGUCGGCGAUUUACGUCUUAGAGCCUCCGACGAGGGGAAAGGUGGUCAUCACAACCACGUACGGACCUCUCGACAUCGAGCUAUGGCCCAAGGAAGCGCCCAAGGCUGUACGGAACUUCGUCCAGCUCUGCCUCGAAGGUUACUACGACAACACAAUCUUUCAUCGCGUUAUUAAGGGCUUUCUUGUUCAGGGCGGCGAUCCUACCGGAACCGGCACAGGUGGUGAGAGUAUAUAUGGAGGUGUUUUUGGUGAUGAGUUUCAUUCGCGUUUGAGAUUUAAGCAUAGAGGACUAGUUGCUUGUGCUAAUGAGGGUUCACCCAAUUCCAAUGGGAGUCAGUUUUUCAUGUCGUUGGACCGAUGUGAUUGGCUUGACCGAAAGCACACCAUUUUCGGGAAGAUUACUGGGGAUUCAAUUUAUAAUCUAACGAGGUUAGGAGAAGUUGAGACUGAUAAGGAUGAUCGUCCAUUGGAUCCACCCCCAAAGAUAUUAUCAAUUGAGGUAUUGUGGAAUCCAUUCGAUGAUAUUGUACCAAGAGAACGUGUAAAAUCUAAGGAUCUUUCAACAAGCGAUACUGACAAUAAGGAUACAAAGAAAAAAGCUGUUAAAAAGUUGAAUUUACUUUCAUUUGGAGAAGAAGCUGAAGAAGAGGAGAAGGAAUUAGCAGCUGUGAAGAAAAAAAUCAAGAGCAGUCAUGAUGUACUCGAUGAUCCUCGUCUUCUGAAGGAUGCUAUUCCAAAUGAUGAAUUGAGUUCUGAAGCCAAACAAGUAAGAAGGGGUGUGCAGUUAUCCGUUAGAGAAGCUCUAAACUCGAAGAAAGAGGAAUUUCAGAAGGAUUCAAAAGUUAAAUCUUUUAGCGAUGAUGAUGAUGAUGAUGAAGAUGAAGAUGAGGCAAACUUUGAUGCUCGGAUGCGGCAGAAAAUAAUAAAGAAAAGAAAUCAAUUGGGAGAUUUACCACCUAAGCCAAAAUCGCGAAAUGGAGGUUCUAAGCCAAAGGGACGUGCAGUAUCUCCAUCUAGGUCGGAUGAUGAACAACCUAAAAUGGAGAAGCUCUCUAUGAAGAAAAAAGGAAUAGGAUCAGACGUGAGAGCUGAACGUAUGGCCACUGCGAAUCUAGACUUACAACUAUUGAAUGAAGCUGAAAGAGGAAGGCAAUUGCAAAAGCAGAAGAAGCGCAGACUUGGUGGACGUGAAGAUGAGGUUCUAGCAAGACUAGAGAAGUUCCGGAAGAACGUAAUUCAGAAACCUGCUGAACCAAGUAGUAAAACUGGAAGUGGUGGCACUGAUGAGGACGUUUCUGAUUGGAAAGCUGUUCGUUUAAAAUUCGCUCCCGAUAGCAAGGAUCACAUGUCGAGGAAGGAAGACGUCAAUGACUAUGUUGUUGUUGAUCCACUUUUGGAGAAAGGAAAGGAGAAGUUCAAUAAGAUGCAAGCAAAGCAAAAACGACGAGAACGAGAGUGGGCUGGCAAAUCGCUCACUUAACAUCUCCUCCUAUUCCAAGUUUUUCCUUCCAACAUUUAAUAUCUAAUGAGCUGAUUGUGCAGAUAUCAAAUCAAAGUCUCGAUAGGUUAGAUUUCGGACAAAGCAGCAGGAGGAGACUGACUCGAGUUCGAGUUUUAUGGCUCUGCCAAAAUGAGUGAUUUUGGUAUUGCUCUCUCAAUCUCAAUCUCAUCUUAACCCUUUUUUAUAUUUAUUUUGUUUGACAAUUUUGAUUUUAAGUAAAGAAUUCAAACAAAUAGUUGUAAAUACAUAGGUGUAACUUUUGUUUUGUGUGCAUUAUUAAGGCCAUUAAUUUGGGAAAAAUUCUAAUCAUUUUUGUUUUAUAGUAUUUUUGCUCUUAUGAACCAAAGAAAA